CAGAGAACACAGGAAAUUCUCUUCUCAGGAAGCAGUCUAUAUUACGACUGAAUUAUAAAAAUAUACAGCAAAAGUAUGAUGACCAUCUUGCGAAAAUCUAAGACAUCGCUCUUCCUGGUGACAUUUGUAGGAGCCGUAACUAUCAUCGUCGGAAUUUUAUGUGGUUUGCAGACACGCCCAGGCCACAGACGAGCCGAGUUUUCGCUGUCGGUAGAUGAUAAUACAGAGGAUGAUUCGUCAUCCCAAUCACAUUUUGCCAGAACAGGAUGUGUAAAAAAGGUACAUAUAUGGGGCAGCGAGAGAGAAAUGAGUCAUGUAGCAGAACUGGGGAAAUACAUGGACAUUUUCCAAAAAAGUAAUCUACCUUUAGAUGCUACGGGCAUCGAUUGUGUUUCUGAGGGGUACGCCUGUGACAUCGUCCUCACCAUGGGUGGUAAUGUGGACUACCUUGAGGGAAAAGACGCGGUUGUCUUUGGAUUGGUUCCCACGGAGUUCCGCCGGGAAGGGAGUGAACAAUUCAAGAAGUUGUUGGGAUUGCGACCGGCUCCAGGUCAGACGUGGAUAUAUUACAGCACAGAGCCGCCGCUACGUGUACUCAGGUGGACCAGAGACCUCGACCUUAUGCGCCUCAAGUAUCAUGUCCUUAUAUAUGACCUAUGA